CGCUUUUUUGCGCACACUCUGUCGGGGCGGAAGUGACCGUGACACGAGCACUGUAAAGGCCGGGAUUUUGUCGUAUUGGUAAUGGCUGCAGCUAUGGAUGUGGAUGUGCCCAGCGGAGCUAAUAGCAGUGCUAGCAAAAAGCGGUUUGAGGUGAAAAAGUGGAAUGCAGUUGCUCUUUGGGCCUGGGACAUUGUAGUUGACAAUUGUGCCAUCUGCAGAAACCAUAUUAUGGACUUGUGUAUAGAAUGUCAAGCCAAUCAAGCAUCUGCUACCUCUGAAGAGUGUACUGUGGCAUGGGGAGUAUGCAAUCAUGCAUUCCACUUUCAUUGCAUCUCCCGUUGGUUGAAGACUCGACAAGUUUGUCCACUUGAUAACAGAGAAUGGGAAUUUCAAAAGUAUGGUCAUUAAUGGUGUGGACUUUGGGUGAAACGUGUUGGCUAAUUUAAGGAAAAAGUUUUAAGUAGAAACCAGCUUUGUUCCUUCUCAGCGCUGGACAUCUGUUUUUGUUUACUUUUUACCCUGUAUUUUUCUCCUCUCUUAACCCCCCCCCCUUAAA